CAUAAACCCUGCAUCUUCAUUCUUGAUCUGGCCUUGAAACCCUGAACUGGAGAAGCCAUGACUGGGAGUCUACUCAGGAGCUUCUCUCUCUACUCUCAUUGGAAUCGACCCAUCGUUGCCUUUCCUGGUUCGAUCAUCAAUAGGGUCCGAUUCUAUUCCCACGACGGACACAGCAAGCCCCGAGAUCAGGAGAACGAUGCUUCCCAUGCCGACGAUGAUGGCGGAGAAGAACUGAAGAGGAGGAUCUUAAAGUUUUACAACGAUGGCGACAUGGACGAGAUCCCGUCGAUUCUCGAGGAAAUUUUGAAGCGGAAAUUGGCGGGAAAAAAUGAUGAGAGCUUACUCGAUCAACUUCCUUCUGACGUUAGACGUGAAGAUCUUAAAAGUGGUGAAGACAGUGGUUGAGAGAUUGGUAAUCUGUUCAUUACCAGGUCAUAUGACCGUCAGUUAGGAAGGGAUAAGGUUAAUACAUACGUAGCACUCUAGAUCUGUUAGCUUGCGUUUCUGAUGCAGGCGAUUUGUUGUUUUUUCUGGAGUAAUGUAACUAACUUGUGCGGAAUCUUCCCAGUUUCUAGCAUCAGAUGUAAAUUUGUGAAUGCUAAAGAUAUUUGCUUCAAGAGGAAUUUAAUUUUGAAUUGUUCCAUGUUCUUA